AUGGGGACGCAGCUCGUCCCGCUUCCGGAAGUCGAGCGCCUCAGCGCGUCGGUGAUCAGGAUUCUGGGCGGGAAUCCCGGCAAGGUGAGCAGCGGAGAUGUCUCGAAGAGGAUCUUGGGCACGAAGUGGCUGACCGCACUGCACGGCGCCUUACAUAGUUCACUCUACAAGGUACGUUACCCACACGCACUCCCCUACCGUGGUCUAUCCUCUGACACACCACCAGGAACAAACACAUACCUCAUCGGCCGCGGCCGCCAGCGCAUCCUGAUUGACACCGGCCAGGGCGAGCCCACGUGGGCCAAGCACUUGCAAUCCGUGCUUUCCGUCGAGCAAGCCACCGUGCACCAGGCCCUGCUCACCCACUGGCACGGCGACCAUGUCGGCGGGCUACCCGACCUGCAGCGGCUCUGCCCGGGUGCCCAGGUCUUCAAGCACCACCGUGAGCCUGAGGACAAGUAUACGGAUAUCCAGGAUGGGCAGGUGUUUCGCGUGGAGGGGGCUACGCUGAGGGCCCUGUACACCCCGGGGCAUACGGAGGACCAUAUGGUGUUCGUGCUGGAGGAGGAGGAUGCUAUGUUUACGGGCGAUAACGUCCUCGGCCACGGCACCGCCGUCUUUGAAGACCUGACGACCUACCUGGCCAGCCUGCACCGCAUGCGCGACCGCGUCCAGGGCCGCGGGUACCCCGGCCACGGCGCGGUAGUGGAAAGCGCCACUGCCCGCAUUACCGAGUACAUCCAGCACCGGCAGCAGCGCGAGGACGAGGUGCUGCGGGUCCUGCGGUAUGGCAAGCUGGAUGUUGCGGCUGGUGAACCUGAGCCGGAGCAGCGGCAGGCAUGGACGCCGCUUGAGCUGGUUCGGCAGAUCUAUGUUGGCGUGCCGGAGAAUCUGCAUCUGCCGGCGUCGCAUGGGGUGUCGCUGGUUUUGGCUAAGUUGGAAGGGGAGGGGAGAACGGUGCAGGCGGAUUCGGGGGCGUGGAAGUUGGCCGAGAAGAGGAGUGCGUUAUGA